AUGAAAGACCCUAUUGGAAAUGAAUUUAAUCAACUUGUUGCAGAAGAAUAUUUAAAAUUAUUUGAUUUUCAAGGUGAUACAUUAGAUCGUGCUCUAAGAAAAUUUGUUAAACAAUUUGCCAUUAUUGGAGAAGCACAAGAUAGAGAAAGAGUAUUACAUUUUUUUGCCACAAGAUAUUUAGAUUGUAAUCCAACAACAUUUUCAUCUAUCGACGCUUGCCACAUGUUGACCUGUGCAAUUAUGUUAUUAAAUACGGAUCUACAUGAUCCCAAAAAUCCGAAAAAGAUGAAAUUUGAAGAAUUUAGUGAUAAUCUAAAAGAUUUAAAUGAUGGAAUAGAUUUUUCCAAAGAUUUAUUAAAAUCUUUAUAUAAUGCAAUUAAAAGUGAACCAUUGAUGAAUCAAACUAUUGAUUCUGAAGACUAUAAUAUUGCACGCUCACUAGGUGGUCCAGCUCAUGGUUAUAGUAAUUUUGUUAAUCCAUUUUUAGAGAUUCCUGAUCCAAGUAAAACUGUUGAAUAUAUGCAGGGUUAUGUGAAUAGAAAAUGUUGCAUUGAGCCAGAUGGAAAACGAACUCCAUUUAUGCGUCGUAGUUGGAAAACAUUUUAUGCAUCACUCAGGGACAUGGUGCUAUAUUUACACAAAAAUGAUUCUCAAACGGAUACAAAAAUAAUUUUAUGUGAUAAUUCAAUUUCAAAUGCUAUUCGUGUACAUCAUGCACUAGCAACAGAAGCAAAAGAAUAUACAAAAAAACAACAUGUAUUUAGAUUGAGAACAGCUGAUUGGGCUGAAUAUUUAUUUCAAACAAGUGAUCAUGAACUAUUAAAAAAAUGGGUGAAUGCAAUUAAUUUUGUAGCAGCCACAUUUUCAUCACCUCCACUUCCACCAGCCAUUGAUUCAACAUUUCGAUUUCAACGACCAUUAUUACCAUCUGUUGAAACAAGAUUUACUAUAUUUGAACAAUUUGAAUUUAUUUCAAAUCAAAUAACGGAAAUUAAAAAACAAUUACAAGAACUUAAAUCACCAGAAAAACAAGUAAUUGUACAAAGUGGUAAACAACGUGAAAUUCUUGAUAAUAAAGAUAAAAUUGAUUAUCUUGAAUAUGAAUUAACUCGUUAUGAAACUUAUGCUGAUCGUCUUCAUCAACAUUUUGAAGAAUUAAAUCUCGAUCAUACUGGCUCUCCAAAAUUUAUUCAUUCAACUCUUAUUACAACUUCAUUUAAUAAUAAUAAUAAUAAUAAUCAAAAUGCUCAUUAUCAUCAUCAUCAACAUCAUCAUCAAAAUAAUAAUAAUAAUUCAAAUUCAACAUCUGUUUCAUCUGCUUCUGAUAAUGAUGGUAGUGGAAUUGUUAAUCAAAUUGUACCCUAUAAUAAAUCGGAAAAUUUUACCGGUCCAAUAGAGCCAAUGUCUUUUUAUCAUCAGACAAACAAUUCUUCAAAUCGUUUUCAACAACAUCAGAUAUUACCCACACGAAAUACGACUAAUCGUUCACAUAAUCAAUAUGCACAGUAUCAAAAAAAACCUUAUUAUCAACAGAAUAACAGGUACUCCUAUUUAAUGGCCGUCCAAAAUAAUCCAAUUAUGAAAGAGCACAUGUUAUAA